AUGGCCUUUCAGGACCUCUUGGAUCAAGUUGGAGGCCUGGGAAGAUUCCAGAUCCUUCAAAUGGUUUUCCUUAGUCUCUCCAGCCUCAUAGUAUACCCUCAUGUUUCGUUGGAGAACUUCACGGCAGCCGUCCCUGGUCACCGCUGUUGGGUCCACAUCAUCGACAAUGACACUGUCUCUGCUAACGGCACAGGGAUCCUGAGCCAAGAGUCCCUCCUGAGAAUCUCCAUCCCGCUGGACUCAAACCUGAGGCCAGAGAAAUGUCGUCGCUUCAUCCACCCCCAGUGGCAUCUCCUUCACCUGAACAGGACCUUCCCCAACACGAGUGAGUCGGACACAGAGCCCUGUGUGGACGGUUGGGUGUACGACCAAAGCUCCUUCCCCUCCACCAUUGUGACUAAGUGGGACCUGAUAUGUGAAUCGCAGUCACUGAAAUCAAUGGCCAAAUUCUUAUUCAUGGCUGGAAUGCUGGUGGGAGGCAUCAUAUUUGGUCAUUUAUCAGACAGGUUUGGGAGGAAGUUAAUUCUCAAGUGGUGUUUCCUCCAGCUGGCCGUUGCUGACACCUGCGCAGCCUUUGCGCCCACCUUUGUCAUUUACUGUGUGCUACGCUUCCUGGCUGGCUGCUCUACCAUGAGCAUCAUGACAAAUAAUAUUAUGCUGCUUGUAGAAUGGACAGUGCCCCGAUUCCAAGCCUUGGGAAUAACGGUGGCAGUCUGCACGCCUUGUGUAGGACAGAUGAUCCUGGGAGGACUGGCUUUUGCCAUUCGAGACUGGUACACCCUUCAGCUGGUGGUCUCUGUACCGUUAUUUGUCUCUUUUCUUUUCUCAAGGUGGCUGGUAGAGUCUGCUCGGUGGCUGGUUAUCACCAACAAAUUCGAGGAGGGCUUAAAGGCACUGAGAAAAGCUGCACAGAGGAACGGAAGGAAGAAUGCUGGAGAAGCCCUCACCGUGGAGGUUUUGAGAUCCACCAUGAAGGAGGAGCUGGAGAUAGCACAGGAAAAACCUUCCGUGCCUGACUUGUUCCGUACACCCAUCCUGCGCAGAAGGAUCUGUUUAUUGUCCUUCGUGAGAUUUGCAACCUACAUGCCCUUUUAUGGCCUGAUUCUCCACCUCCAGCACAUUGGGAACAAUGUUUUCCUGUUCCAGGUUCUCUUUGGCAUGGUCAACCUCCCCGCCAAUUACAUUGCCCUUUUGGCCCUGAAUCAUAUGGGCCGUCGAGUAAGCCAGAUGAUUUUCGGGUCCUUACUUGGAAUCUUCAUUCUAACCACCACGUUUCUGCCUGAAGAAAUGCAGACUCUGCGUGUUACUUUGUCAACUUUGGGAGUAGGAGUUUCUUCUGCAGCUCUCAUGAGUACUUCUGCCCAUGGAAAUGAACUAAUCCCUACCAUAAUCAGAGCAACAGCGACAGGAAUCCUGGGAAUUGCUGCUAACUUUGGAGCAGCCCUGGCUCCCCUCUUGAUGAUCUUAACUGUGUAUUCUCCCCACCUGCCCUGGAUCAUGUAUGGAGUCUUCCCCAUCCUCUCUGGUCUUGCUGUUCUCCUCCUUCCUGAAACCAGGAAUCGGCCUCUGCCUGACUUCAUCCAGGAUGUGGAAAAGGAGAGAGAAGGCCUAAGAAAAACAAAGAAGGAAGAUACCUUCAUGAAAGUGACACAGUUUUAAGGAGUUCCAGUAACGAACUGCUAAUCAAGGAGCAAGACAGAGGAAGGAAAGUCAAGAUCAUCCCCAGAUACUGGAAAGAUCUGUAAAAUAAACAAAACAAAAAGCUAUAAAGGAAA